AUCGUCUUCAUCUUCAUUCUCUUUCUUUAUUGCUCAAUUAAUACCAAUUAUAGUGCUUUACUUCUCUUCAGCGUUGAGUUAAAUAAUUGAUUCAGUUCAUUGUAUUUAAUAUUGGAACGUGACAUUCAUAGAUGGCGUGCAGAACUUCAAGCAUAGCAAGUUUUGUUGUCAUUACGUUGGUGUUGUUAGCCACAAUAUCUGAUGCACAAUUGUCUUCUAAGUUUUAUGACAAUACAUGUCCCAAUGCACUUUCCACCAUCAGAACUGUCAUUCGUACUGCAGUUUCUAAAGAACGUCGCAUGGCUGCAUCUCUCAUUCGUCUUCAUUUUCACGAUUGUUUUGUUCAGGGUUGUGAUGCAUCAAUUUUGCUUGAUGAUAGCUCCUCCAUCGAGAGCGAAAAGACUGCACCUCAGAAUUUUAACUCAGUUAGAGGAUUUAACGUCAUUGAUCAAGCAAAAACUGAGGUGGAGAAAGUGUGUCCAGGAGUUGUAUCAUGUGCAGACAUUGUGGCAGUAGCUGCUCGUGAUGCAUCAUUUGCUGUGGGUGGUCCAUCAUGGACUGUGAAGCUUGGAAGAAGAGAUUCUACCACAGCAAGCAAAAUUGAAGCCACUGAUGACCUUCCACGUUUUACAGACGAUGUUGACAUUCUUAUUUCUAGAUUCGACAAGAAGGGACUCACUGCCAGAGACAUGGUUACUCUAUCUGGUGCUCACACAAUUGGACAAGCUCAGUGUUCGACAUUCCGUGGAAGGAUUUACAACAAUGCAAGUGAUAUUGAUGCUGGAUUUGCAAGCACUCGUCAACGGGGUUGUCCAUUAGUUGUCAGUGAUGAUAAUGACAAGAAAUUGGCAGCGCUAGACUUGGUGACACCUAAUUCAUUUGACAACAACUACUUCAAGAAUUUGAUUCAGAAGAAGGGUCUUCUUCACUCAGAUCAAGUUCUAUUCAGUGGAGGCUCUACAGAUUCUAUUGUGUCCGAAUACAGCAAAAAUCCUACAACUUUUAAGUCUGACUUUGCAGCUGCUAUGAUCAAAAUGGGAGAUAUUGAACCGUUAACCGGAUCAGCUGGAAUCAUCAGAAAGAUUUGCAGCUCUGUCAACUAAGUCAAGUUUUUGCCUUCCCUCUGUUUUUUAAGGUUUUAAUAAUUCGUUAUUCAAUUGUUCGUUGUUUCUAUUUCAUUCGUCAAUUGUAUUUAGUUCUAAAUGUAUGUAUUCUUAUCAAUUUAUGAAAACGAAAUUCUAUUUAGUGGCCAUAACUUUCAUUCUUAUGCCUCACGUCUGAGGGAUCCACUUUGUAGA